AUGGACAGAGAAAGGGUGAAGGUGACGCUGGACCCAGAGACAGCAAGCCCGUACCUGAUCCUCUCGAAGGACCGCAAAACCGUGCGGCUGGGAGAUGGACAGCAAAACCUCCCCGACACCCCCAAGAGAUUCACAGGCAGCCCCAGUGUCCUGGGCUCCCAGGGGUUCACGGCCGGGAGGCAUUACUGGGAGCUGGAGGUAGGGAACGGGGACAGUUGGGCCGUGGGGGUGGCCGUGGAGUCUGUGCGGAGGAAGGACUCCCUCAGCAUGGCCAUGGAGAAGAUCUGGGCCCUGCGGCUGGACUGGAAUCGCCAGUACACGGCGCUCCACAUGCCCCCCGCCCCACUGGCACUGAAGGAAGAGCCCCGGCGGAUCAGGGUCCACCUGGACUACGAAGCAGGCCAAGUGACCUUCUACAAUGCGGAGAACAUGAUGCAGAUCUUGCAGUUCAAGGCCACCUUCACUGAGAAGGUCUUCCCAUACUUUUGGCUCUGGUCUCAAGAAACCUACAUCCAGCUGUGUGCCUGA